AUGAAGCGCUCGACGGCUCGACGACCGCAUACCAAAUCAAGGAAUGGAUGUCAGCGUUGCAAAGCGCGCAAAGUAAAGUGUGAUGAAACCAGACCGCACUGCCAAAACUGUACCAAACAUGCGAUCGAUUGUUACUACUCCGAGAAGGCAAUCGGCACAGCGGCCAGGAGUCCAUUAUCUGCUCCGCCGUCCGCCACAUCCUCAGUAGAGUUCGUACAAUCGGAUGAAUUGCCAUCUAUCGGGCAAGGCACUAGCGAUCCAGCUGGUCCAGGUGGUAGUUCAGUGCCCGGUCAAAAUACCGACAUGGCCAUUGGGAUCGCAGAAAUGGAAUUACUCCAUCACUACUCAACCUCAACAUGCUAUACGAUUACUCGACUUCCGAUAUUGCAGACCGUCUGGCGCAUCAAAGUCCCCCAAUUUGGAUUCUCAUUCCCAUUUGUUCUGCACGGUAUCUUAGCCUUUUCAGCUUUACACCUGGCGUAUUUGAGGCCUGAACACCAUGCUCAUUAUGUUGAUAAGGCCGAAUUUCACCAUAAGCAAGCACUGCAGAUGGUCUCUACUAUCAUGCCAAACAUAGAUGAGGACAAUGCUCCCGCUAUCUAUUUGUUCUCAUCUCUCACAUCUCUAAUCUCCUGUGCAAAGCCACGAUCAGCUGAUCAAUUCUGGAUGUUUGGAGAAAAAGAUCUUGAGCUGCUAGCCUUAUUUCGUGGUACACGAUUUAUUAUUUCUGCAGCAGGGGACCCGAUCAAGUUUGGGCCCCUCGCGCCAAUAUUCAAAAAUGGGAGCAUGAGGAGCAGUACGCGGAACAGUAGAUCUACGAUGAACCUGUCCUAUUUAAAUGAUUUGCGACAACUUUUGAAGGAUAAUGUGCCAAGUACAGAGGAACUCGAUCUUUACUUUGAGGCUAUUCAUGGUCUAGGAAAAUCAUUUGCAAUGUUGGAAGAACAGGGCUAUCAAAAUAUGCAGACGGCAGAUGUUUUUGUUUGGGUUUUGGAGCUAUCCGAUGGAUAUCUGAGUCUUCUUCGCCAAAGAAAGCCUGAGGCCCUGGUUGUCCUUUCAUAUUUUUGUGUCAUUACUCAUUCUCUUGAAUGGGCCUGGUGGAUGCAAGGCUUAAGCAUCCAUAUGAUACGGGGUAUAUACCAUGCACUGGAUGGGGAGUACCACUGCUGGCUACAGUGGCCGAUGGAGCAAUUGGGCUGGGUCCCGUGA